AGAUUUGAGAGAUGUAAUUAAAGAUUUGAAAGGAAGAAAUCUUGAUAAAAAUCAAAAUGGAAUUGUUAAAUAUUUUAAAGGGGUGUAUAAUCAAGAUUUAUCUGAAUACAAAACUAGUAAAGAAAGAGAUUUGAUUAAAAAUAUUAAUUCUUUUAUUGUAAAGAUUGAAUUUGAUCUUUUUAUUAAUGUGAAACAUGAUUAUGAUGAGGUUAUAGAGAAUAAGGGUGAUGAUUUAUUUAGUAAAGAAGAUUAUAGAAAAAUUUAUUAUGAAUAUAAUAAUAAUGUUUUUAAUUCUGUCAAUUUCGGGAAUUAUCUGAUUAUUUCAUUUGAUAAUGUUGGUGAUCAUGUGAAGUAUUACAUGCUUGAUGAUAUAGAAGAUUUUAAAGAUCCCGAAACAGAUGAAUAUCUUGUUAAAGUAAAAGUUGCUGAAGUUAAAUCAUUUCGUAUAAUAGCGAUUGUGUUAGUAAAUAAUGAAUUUUCAAUAAAAUACGAAAAUCCAAAUGAGGAUCUAAUUGAUCUGAUUGAAGUGAAAACAGAAGCAGAUUUCUUAAAAACCAUGUUUCAAGUGUAUAAAAAUUUUAGUCCUGAUAGAGAAAGUGGUUGGAAUACUUUGGGAUAUGAUUAG